AUGAAACGAACGUUAAUAUUCAAAACGAUGAAUCGUGUUGACAAUACAGCAGUCCCACUUGAACCAUUUCUUUUGAACGUUGAAUUUUCAGGUAACAUCACUCCUAUUAUUAUGUCUAAAACAACUAAAGGUGUAGAAAGAAAAAAGGAAAGAACAUCGGGAAGAUCAAUACCUUCACCAACACCAAAUCACACGUCUGUUAUAUUCAGAACCGAAUUUUCGUUAAACAAAGAUGAUAUAGAAAAAGAACCACAGAGAAAAUCAAUGAUCAUCACUUCAUCUUUUGAUGCUGAAAAGGCUUUUAAAACAAAACAAAAGAGGAAACUGAAUUCUUCCUUUUUAUUUUCCCAAGAAAGAAAAUCGCUUGAUCCUGAGCAAGACGUUCAGUUAGAUAAUUUAGAAAUACCUUUAGAAGUCAGUGAUUUUGUAAUUUAUAAUGAAAGACUACAUAAAGAGAAAUUGGGGCAAACAAGUAAGGUUGGCAAGAGGUAUCUGCGCUUGAAGACUAAAAGAACAGGAAGAGGAAUUAAACAUCAAAUCUUAAAAAUGCACCACUUUGGAAUAAGUCGGGAUUUUGUCACGGAAGUCAUAGAAGAUUUUACACGAGGAAAACUGUCUCCAAAAACAGCAAGAAAUUCACUUGCAGUUCCUCGUGUUGAGUUCAUGAGAAGAAAUUCCGUCCAACCGACGUUUGUGAAGAGGGAAGAAUCACCAAAGAGAAAAGAGAGUGAACGACAGAGGAAGAAUACAGACACUGAAUUUGUGAGAGUUAAAAAAGGACUUAAUGACCUUUCCGAUUCAGAAGAUUUUGAGGAGGUUUGUCCGGUCGAUGAAGGCGUUUUUUACACGUUAGUACCCGACGAAGACUUGGAUCUGAUGAUUUCAUGUGACUCUGAAAUGGUCAGAGACUAUCUGAAAAGGUAUCGAGUGUCUGUUGGAUUUCCAAUAAAAGGGUAUAAAGAGUGUUUAGUUCUUGACAUCCGAAAUGGAGAUGAUAACCCAAAGGAGCAGAUUAAAGUGAUGGAAAAACUCGUUGAAACACGACGCACUGAAUUUAUCACAAAACAUGCAAAUGAAAUUUCAAUGAAAGACGUCCAAAUUGGCGGGAAAGCAGAACGCAAAUUUGUUUUUAAAAAAGAUGGACAACAAACGUCUUCUUUUGUUCCUUUAUUCGACACUGUAGAAAAGGAGGAAUUCGAUAAGUACAAGAAUUUGUUGCAAGAAUUGUGGUAUACCGAACAAACACAUGUGAAUAACCUUGACAUCUUGUUGCACUGCUAUUUAGACCCAAUAUCUGAAGGGAAAUAUUCUAAUGUUGUCCAUAAGAUGAAAAUCCAAGUAAAGAUGCUUUUAAGACUACACGAAAUCUUCUUUGAAAAAUUGACUGAAAAAUAUGAAGAAAAGAAUGAAAAUGAAAUUCCAACAAUCAGUAAAUUACUUCGCUACUUCUUCCAUUUUUCGAAAGGGACUUGCCCAUAUAUAGUGGAGUACAACUCGAAUUUGAAAAUAGUGAAUGAACUGAUGACCCACCAAAGCGUCAAAAAAAUCGUAGAAAAGAGUGUUUUGCACUAUAAAGAAACUCACCCAACUGUUUCAAUUCAACGUAUUCAGUCUUACUUGAUCACUCCAGUCCAAAGGAUACCAAGAUAUAUAUUACUCAUUAAAGAUAUAAUUAAGAACAUUCCUGCGAUAAGUGAAGAGGCUGAAAAAAUGGUGGAGUGUUAUCAUGUCAUCUUAGAUGUUGCGUCUUGGAUCAAUGAAAAGAAGAUGAUAGAGGAAGAGAGAGAAAAAUACUCUGAAGUAAUCAACACGUUGAGUGGAUUGUAUAACUUAAAUAAAUCGUGCAGAAGAUUUAUAGUGUCUGGGAGCUGUAAAUUCUGUGAAGGUGAAGAGACUAAAAUGAGAAGAGGAUAUUUCUUCCUUUUCAAUGAUGUACUUAUUCGAUCAAGAAUUACAAAAUACGAUGGCAGAAAGAUUGGUCACAAGAAGGAAAAUGACAUAUACAAGAAGAUUGAUUCAUAUGAAAGUGUUGAAAACUUUAAAAAUGACAAUUUUGUUGUUCAAAGUGUCUUUAUGGUGACAGAAGAUGCAACUGUAUGUUACUCUCCCAACCCAACAUGUGGUACUGCUCUCUUAUUCACUUCCCCUCUGUCAGAUCUUAAAAUCACUUUAAUAUUUGAAGAUCCUUUGGAUGCAAAUGCAUGGUUUGUAGCAUUGGCUUAUACAAUAUCACUGUCUCCGAGUCUGAAUGAAAGCAAGAGUAUUCUUAACUUAAGGAAUGAGUCUGCAGAAUUUGAAUAA